AUGCCCAAGCGUUCGAACUCGAGCAGCGGUCGGACUCACGACGGCACCAAGCGCCGCCUAACCAGCUCGCCACAAGACCAGCAAGAUGAACAACCCCCACCCUGCCCCUAUCCGAGACUCGAAGCUGCGCAUUUCCCGCCUGAAAUUCUAGCAAUUCCGCACGUCCUCAAGCGGAUCGAUAUCUUCCUCAUGACCAAAGACGAAGCUGUCAUGGAGGCGUCCAAGACGGGGGACGCGGAGUGGCUCGAGGACCUGGCAGAAGAAGUUGACGACGACAUCAUCGCAGACGCCAUCGUGGAGGCCUCGACCCAUGGUCACGUGGAUUGCGUGGAAAUGCUGAUGGAAGACCGCAACGAAUGGUCACCUGGAGGGUCGGAUUCGCACAGCAUGGCUGAACUGUGUAGCACUCUGCACGGGGCGCUGCUUGACGCAGCAGAGGGUGGGUUUCUUGACGUGGUCAAGUUUGUGGUGCUACAAGCAAAAGCGCAGGAGCAUCGUUACUACGAUACGCUAUUUCCUGUCCUCUCCUUCUGGGACCCCGUGAACAUGGUCUCAUUUCUCCUGGACAAGAAGCGAGCAUCUUCGAAGUCGGUUAACAGCGCAUUUGUGAAGGUGCGAAGUACUGAUGUUCUCAAGCUUUUGCUUGAUCGUGAAUACAUAUUGGAUGAAUCUAUCUGCGCCGUUUUUGAGAGAGAAACACGGAGCUUGGAUGAACAUUGGGAUUACUCCAAAGAGGAGGAGGGCAUUCGGAUUAUCAAGCUGCUGCACACGAAGAACUGCAUUCCGGCUGAGAUGAUCAGCAAGGCGUUUAUGACAGCAGCGUUAAAAGGGCAGUAUGUGCUGCUGGCGUUAUUGCGUGGUGAUGGCCGUAUUUCUGCUGGAAUGGUAGGCGAAGCUUUCGCUGCCGCUGCCACACGGAAGGAGAGCGAUUUGAUGAUGUCCUUGUAUGACGCAAAUAUCUCUGCCGACGCGAUUCUCGUGGCGUUCUCCAACGCUGCUGCCGGAGGACGUAUGAAAAACGUGAAGGAAUUGGUGAAGCUGCUUUCAGAUAGAGAUCGUGUACCUCAAGAGUUAAGCACAAGGCUUUUGUGA